AGAGCCGCUGUCGUUCUGGACAAUCUACAGGAUGACCUGCCUGAAUGCUCCAAAGAGAAGGCAGCCAAAGAGGACCUCCUCGACUUACAGAAACAUGUGAAUCAGUAUGAAGACAGUGUUAACAACCAGCAGUCCUCUUUGGUCUUCCUGGUGCACAAAGUGAAGGCUCUUCUUGGAAUCAUGGAAAACGCUAAGGUGCCAUCCAUUCCCGUUUGUCAGAAGUUACAGGCAAUGCAAGAUUGGUAUAAAAAGAGUCCAGUCUUUGCUGUACAGUAUUUACUUCAAUUCAGAUCUGUUGAAACGUUAAACUUCCAUGGAGGGCUUGGUAAUGCUAGUGAACACAUUUUGUUUGGUCUGUUCUUACCCACUUUAAAGAUUUUAGGUUCCCCAAAAGUUUACUCUAGGCUGGCUCACAAAAUGAGGGCAUGUCUAACUUGCUAUAAAAAGGCAGGUGUUUCUCGUAACAGCCAUUGUAAAGAGCUGUCUGUUGUCGCAGGAGCAAUUAAAACCCUUAGUUAUCUCACAGAGGUUGAUUAGCUCACUGGCCGACCAUUAGCAUGUGUGUUGGUGGAUGCCAGUUGGUUGUUGAUUCAGCCUACAUUCCUGAGCUGGGGCACAGGCGGGUGACACAGAAUAGCUGAGAGCUGAGAAAAGAUACUGACUUUUUACAUUACAAGAGGAAUUUGGUUUUCAUAAGAAUUAAUCUAACAGAUAUAACAGCAAUAUAUUGAUUGUAGGUACAGGUAUAUUGGUAAGUUUUCAGUUUUAGUUGGUAGGUACCUUUGGUAGAUUGGUGGCCAAAGGACUACUUGUCCAUUUUUGUUCUGCUCUGAAUUCAUCCACAGGUUGAAGCAGAAAGCUAUGAAGAGUCACAGGUCAAUACACACAGAGAUCCAGGAGCGUGAGAAGGUGAAAGAUGAGAUCAGAGGGGUAAAGGAAUGGUUACUGCCUGUUGUGUCACUGCUCUCUGUGGUGGACCACACACCCAUUAUAACAGACAUGGAGAAACCGGCAGAAGGAGAUCCUAUAUACUGAUUGUACUAUGAGGGUCCAGAGACAGGGUGUGAAGAUGGAGGCAGUACCAAGUCAUCAUCUUCUUAAACUCUGACUGGCAGCAUUCUGGAGGAACAUGAGGAAGCUUUUACUGUUGAAGAUGCAACUGCUGUGGAAACAGUGCAAAUGAGACCAGACAAUAAUGAAAUGUGUGAAACACAAGCUAUUCCUCAAGAAAUGGCAGGACCAGGUGAGCUGCAGCAGUUGCCGGACAGACCUGAGUCUAACAGUAUACUCUAUGUCUGCCGGGAGCUGGCAGCCCAGCUCCAGUUUUGGCUGGAGAAAGCCACGGCGACCUUCAGGGCUGACCACCCGGACACGGAAAUGCAGCAAAGCGUGGAGCAGCAGCUUCUCACGUUCAGGAUGUACUGGACAACAUGUGGAGCACCCUGAGAGUCAGACGAGUAGAACUCAAAGAGAACCUUACCACUGAGAUUCAGUACGAGAGCCUGUUACAGAGCCUGUCCAACUUAGUGGACGCUGGUCACGAGAAACUCACUCACAGCCAGCACCUUGUCCUGCCAAGCCAUGCCGAGCUGAAGAACCACCUGAAGAAACAUAAAAAUUACUUCUAUAACCUUGGCAACCACCUGGCUGCUGUGGAGAGGUUCUCUCAGAAAGUACCAGUAGCUUUAGCAAGGAAGCAUGACAAGUUUUGGUUGGAUCUGGAGGAAGAAAUACUCUGUCUCCAGCAGCAAGCUCUUCAGCAUGGAAUACACAUCCAGAGCAUGUUACAAGCCUGGACCCAGUUUGACAAAAGUUCUACAGUGCUUUUAAAACAGCUGCAGGAACUGGAAGCCAGGAUACCUACAGUAGGACUGGUGGAGGAAUCCGAAGAAAGAUUACUAGAACGACUAGCAAUCUAUCAGCAAAUUAAAGGUAGUCUGGAUGAAAAUUGCUCAAGACUCUCCCAUAGACUGACAAAUGGGAAGAAACUGUUGACGACAGUGAGCUGCACAGAACUGAAUUCCCUUCUGCAUCAGCUGGAGGAGAAGUGGCUGACUGUAAUGAAUAGAGUCAACCAGGACCGCCACUGCUUAGAGACGCUAACAAAAUACUGGACAAGCUGUAGGAAGGGCUCCAUUGACCUGAGUGUGUGGAUGACGUCUGCAAUGGACAGACUGAAGACUUUGAAACAGCAGUCCCUCAGUGUGCCUCAGGAUCUGGAGAAAGUAAGAGAUCACCUCGGACGAUUCCUGGAGUUCAUGGAGGAAGUGGAUGCCAAGUCGUCUCUGAAGUUGUCUGUGAUCAGCACAGGGAACCAGCUGCUCCAGGUGAAACGGGCCAACACUCCCUCGCUGCAGAACCAGCUGGCUCGGUUUGAGCAGGGAUGAACAGAGGUUCUCACUCCCCUGCCAGGAAACAAGGAGAAACUGCACCAGCUCCAGAUGGAGAAAGUGCCUUCUCGUCAGGUGAUCACAGAGCUGAAAACCCGGAUGAGCAAAAUUCAUGGGCUUCUGAGAGAAGAUGAGGAAAAGAUCAGCCACCUGUCUGCUAUAGCCAGUGCAAAAGAGAUUCUUCAAAAGUACAAGGUUAUUCAGACAAAAGCAUCGCUCCAGUCGAUUGUGCAGCAAUGGAAAGCAUUUGAUGAAACAUUCCAAGAGAUGGACUUGAAUAUAGUCAAGGCCAGGAGAGCAGUCAUUCCCCUGUGCUGUCUUUCCAAUGGUAUGACAUCUCCAUUCUCUCCCUUUCAGUCUCUGCAGGAAGAUGCUGAGAAGAAUGAAGAGCAAUGGAAUGCACUCAGCAGUGCUUUCACCACCUUUAAAACCAUGUGCAGCCCCACAGCAGUUCAGCUGAUCACUGAAAACUUAGAAGAUGCAUGUACAAGGUGGACUGCAGCAAUUCAAGAAUCCUCAGAUGAGCUCCGAAAGGCUCAGAGUUUAUAUGAGCUUUGGCAGAAGUACAGGGAUCGCUUCGCUGACAGCACGUUGCUGCUCAAGACACACAAAGAGAAGUGCAGUAAGCUUUCAAGCGCCGUCCCUUCAGAAGAAAACACAGUGGAUUUCAAGCAGAGAAAAAUAGACACUAUUAACAAACUCGUGAACGAGACUGAAAACAUGCAAAGCAGCACAGUCCAGGUUUCAGAGACUUUGAAAGAACUAACCCAACAGGUGGAUCCCCCAGCAGCUAUAUUGAUUGAAUCUGAAGUAACAGACCUGUCCAACAGACUGGUGCAAUUGGGGAAGCUUCUUGCAAUUAAGCUGUCUGAGCAUCAGACGCGGAUGCUACAACUGAAUGCCAUGACCCCUGACCUGGAAUACUUGAAUGACCUCAGCUACAAGAUCCCUCUGAAUGAAAUGAACAUCAAGAGAGCGCAAACCCUGAACAGACAGUGGGCUCAGGCCUCAUCCUGGGCUCUGCAGAGAUGCAGUGAACUACAGGGAGUCAUCUUACACAAGCAGAACUUUGUCCAGAAAUGUGAGAACUGGAUGAAGUUCUUGGAGAAGAUGGAAGAGAGCUUGGCAGUGGACAUUGCUGGUUGCUAUGCAGGCCUUAAGGAACAGCAGAGAAUUCGUGAGGUGAUCACGUGGAUGUUUCCGUCAUUUUUUCCUCUAAAUGACGAUUCCCUGGCAAAGAAUUCAGAAUUCAUGGCUGAAAGCCUAUUUGAUUUUCUGAAGCCUUUGGAGUGUGGUUAUGUUUUAUGUUUUUUUUUUAAAUUUUAUUUUGUGAGCUGGGAGAAUUGUGAAAAGAAAAUAAAUGAAUUUGGAUGCAGACUUCAAGACAUCAAGAUUAAAGUGUCUGAACCACUUUCACAAGUGCAUGAAGAGUUACAAGUAACAGAAAAACUAACUAAGGAGGCAGAGGAAUCAUUAGAAGACUGGACUCGAAGCCUUGCAGAGCUGACCACUAUGAAGACAGACCUGUCCCAGUAUAUUAUCACAGAUGAUGUGGUGAUUCUGCAAGAACAGAUCCAACAUUUACACAGCCAAUGGGAUGAACUCUGUUUAAAAGUGUCUCUGAGGAAGCAGGAGAUAGCUGACAGGCUUAACGCAUGGAUCAUCUUCAAUGAAAAGAACAAAGAGCUUUGUGAAUGGCUGACACAGAUGGAAAACAAAGUAUCACACAAUGCUGCCGAGCUCAGCAUUGAAGGAAUGAUAGAGAAGUUGAAGAAGGACUGCAUGGAAGAAAUCAAUCUUUUCAGUGAAAACAAAACUCAUUUGAAGCUACUGGGUGAGCAGCUGAUCAAUGCCAGCAAUAAAACUAAGGAGACAGAAAUAAAUGACAAGUUGAAGGAUAUCAACGGCCGCUGGCAGCAUCUGUUUGACCACAUCGAGGCAAGGGUGAAGAAACUGAAGGACACCUUGGUGACAGUCCAGCAGCUGGAUAAGAACAUGAGUAACCUCCGGACAUGGCUGUCUCGCAUUGAGGCUGAGCUCUCCAAGCCUGUGGUUUACAACAUCUGUGAUAACGACGAAAUCCAGAAGAAACUUUCCGAGCAGCAGGAUCUGCAGCGUGAUAUCGAGCAGCACACAGACGGCGUGGCGUCUGUGAUUAACCUGUGUGAUGUCCUCUUGCAUGACUCGGAUGCCUGUGCCACUGAAACAGAAUGUGACUCCAUCCAACAGACAACCAUGAGCCUGGACAGGCGAUGGAGGAAUAUCUGUGCCAUGUCAAUGGAGAGAAGAAUGAAGAUUGAGGAAACCUGCCGGCUUUGGUCCAAGUUUCUGGAUGAUUAUUCUCGUUUUGAAGACUGGCUGAAAACAGCUGAGAGAUGUGCUGCCUGCCCCAACUCUGCAGAGGUUUUAUACACCAGUGCAAAAGAAGAACUGAAGAAAUUUGAGGCAUUUCAGAGACAGGUUCACGAGAGGCUCACCCAGCUGGAGCUGGUGAACAAGCAGUACCGAUGUCUGGCUAGAGAGAACCGCACCGACGUGGCCAGCCAGCUAAAGCUCAUGGUCCACGAGGGAAACCAAAGAUGGGGCAAUCUCCAGAAAAGGGUCACUGCCAUUCUGAGAAGACUGAAGUACUUCACCUCUCAGCGGGAGGAGUUUGAAGGAACACGGGACGGCAUCCUUGUGUGGCUGACUGAGAUGGACCUGCAGCUGACCAACGUUGAGCACUUCUCAGAGAGCGACAUCGAGGACAAGAUGAGGCAGCUUGACGGAUUUCAGCAGGAGAUCACCCUGAACACCAAUAAGAUUGACCAGCUGAUUGUGUUCGGGGAGAACCUGAUCCAGAAGAGCCAGCCUCUGGAUGCUGUGCUGAUUGAGGAUGAGCUUGAGGAACUUCACACCUACUGCCAGGAAGUGUUCGGGAGAGUUGCUCGCUUCCACCACAGACUCAUCAACAAGGGCCCGGUCUCGGAAGAUGAAAAGGAGUCCUCUGACAGGGACACAGACCUUGAAGACUCGGUAGAGCUGCAGGGUAUCGGCUGGCAGGAGAAGGUGAGGCCCGAGGCCUUUCCCUCUUGCCAGUCCACUUGUCAGCUGAUGCCCCCAACGCCUGGACAGGAGCAGUCCGGCCGCGAGACCCCCGUCAGCGUGGACUCCAUCCAGCUGGAGUGGGACCACACCGUCGACGUGGGGGGCUCUUCAUCCCACGAAGAUGAGGAAGAGCCAGUUUACUACAGCGCACUGUCAGUAAAAAGCUCCUCUGAGCCACCGAGCUGGCACUCGCCUGAUCACCAGGACAGCAGGAAGCAGAGAAUCCAGACCGAGAUCAUUCGGACCCUCUCCUCCACCUCCCUAAUCACUAGCACACCUUAUAAAAUGGGAUAUGUUAAGUUGAUGUCUGAGUGCAGUGGCAGCAUCGAUAGUGUAAAACGAGUCAAACUGAUACUGAAUGAUGAGGAACAACUGGAAGAGCAAGGGCUUGUAGGCCUGACCACUGCGGAGUCAGGUGUUAUUGAGUGCUGGGAGCUGAUUCAAGCCCAGGCCCUCAGCAACAAACUGAGGAUAAAGCAGAAUCUACAGCAGUGGCAGCAGCUCAACUCUGAUCUUGAUGACAUCACUUUCUGGAUGAAAAAAAUUGAGCCUGAACUGGAUGAGCUACAGAAACUAGAGCCUUCCACAAGCAUUCGGGAUAUAGAAGGCAACAUUAAGAAACUCAAAGAAAUUCAGAAGGCUUUUGACAACUUCAAGUCGGUAGUCAUCUCCCUCAAUCUGAUCAGCAAAGACUUCCAGCAGGCAGACAGUGCCAAAUCUCAGGAGCUGCAUGACAGGCUGGAGCUAAUGAACCAGAGCUGGGUGCGAGCCUGCAAUAAACUGGACUGCUGGAAAGAGGGAUUGCAGACCGCACUUAUGCAGUGUCAGGACUUUCAUGAAACCACACACGAUCUGCUGCUGUGGCUUGCACAUGCGGUGAGCAGAAGGUACACCGUUGAUCUCGCUGAUUCCAAUAUCGAGUCCUGCGUUCUUCAGGAACAUCAAAAAACACUAAUGCAGCUGGAAGAUGACUUGCUGGAAAAGCAGUUGCAGGUCAGCUCUCUGCAGGAGAUCUCUACCCAUCUUCUGGUAAAAGCCGAUGAGGAAGACCACAUAGAAGCCAAAGAAAAAGUGCAUGUCAUUGAAAACAAGCUGAAGCUGCUCCUGCGGGAGGUUUCUCGGGAUAUGCAGACGAUUCAGAAGAAACUGGAUACAUGCUCUUCCUUUGCAUCGCUGGAUGAAGUAGACCGCAACGAUACUGCAAUGACCAGCACUCCACCUUCCCAAAUCAAGGAGGCAAGUGAGGAAACAAUAACAGCAACCAAGGCCUCCUCGAAUACCAGGACUGGGAGACAGGAGUCCUCCCCGCCAUGCUCCUUCUUUUACCGUGUGCUGUGGGCGGCCUUCCCCCUCCAGGUACUCUUUCUCCUUUUCCUGGUACUCGCCUGCAUGGUGCCACUCACUGAGGAAGACUACAGCUGUACCCUGUCAAACAACUUUGCAAGGUCCUUCUACCCCAUGCUGAGAUACACCAACGGACCCCCUCCCACAUGAGGGGGAAAGCGUCUGGAAAAUGAUGUCACAAAGCACCUUGGAUUCCCACACUGCUGAAAACACUGUAAACAGUGAUUACUGUACCAUAUACCCUCAGUAUGGAAUCAGUCACUCUUAAAAGAGUACACCCUGCUGAAAAGUAGCUUCUCACACAUGUAUAUUAAGCUGAGGAAGACAGCCUAUAUUGAAAAAUAAUUGUACAUAACUGCAUAUUCACAAUUCAAUGUGUUUAAGUUUAUUUUAAAGUAUUCCGAGAAAUUGUCUCAUAGUUUAAUAUUUGGGAGUGAUCCUUGAUUUUAGAUGUCUCCUAAAGGCUGUAUGGAUAUUAACAGAAUAUAUAUAAGAGCU